AUGCCGAGCUCAGCGUCCGCCCACUACGCGCCCGCCCAUCUCCCCGGCUCGUACCACCCUCCCGCCUCGCCUCUCCUCCCUGUCGCGCGGACGACGACGACCUCCACCCUCGCCCUCGCCCUCCCCGUCCCGCCCCAGACCCGCCUGUGGCUCGGCAGCAUGCCCGACGCAGUCUUCGAGGGCAUCGCGCACAACCUCGCCUGUGACCGCGGCCCCGAGAGCCAUCUUUGGUCGGCCCCGUCGCGCGACCUCGUCGUGUUCGCCUCGCUCAGUCGCGCGGCCCGCAGGGCGAGUCGACCGUACCUGUUCACGACGCUCAAGAUCAGGAGUGCCCCGGCGACUCUCGGCGUCGCGAGCGCGUCUGGCCCGGCCCGCACCAUCACGCUCGGCGACGUCCACGCCGUUCGGCUCGAGCCCGACAACCUGGCUGUCGCCAACCUCGGCGCAGGCCCGCCCAAGAUCUUCAUGACGUCGGCGCAGUGGCGUCACGGCGAGCAGGACGGCCGAGCCCUCGCGGCGUUCCUCGAGGACGGCCGCCUCACGAAGCAGCUCCGCCGCGUCCGCCUCGAGACGGACCGCCUCCCUCACGGUGUCAUCCGCCGCAUCGGUCGCGCCCUCUCGACCUGUCCCGAGCUCGUCUCCCUGCACCUCGACGACUUGCUCGUGUACGACGAGCCUGCGCCUCGUCGUUCGACCGGCCCACCCGUCCUCGCCCAGUUCAACAAGCUCCAGAACCUCCAGAUCUUUGGCGCCGAUUACCAGAACAAGGCAUCGAAGACCCUCGUGCCGCCCGACCUGUCGGCCCUCGCCACCUUGCGCACGGUCGUGCUCUCGAGAUCCGACAUACCCGGCUACACGUGCAUCAAGUCGCUCAAGCCGCACCUGUCGCGGCUGACGGGCCUCGCCCUCGUCGGCGGCCGCUCGGGCCCGAACGUCGACGACAUCCUCAAGGAGAUCUCGACCGUCCCGACUGCGACGCCGUUCGCGAUGCGCGAGCUCGUCCUCAGCCUCGAGACGACCGAGAAGUGCCCGCAGCUGUUCCUCCGCCCGGCCCUCGCCGUCGUCGGGAGGACGCUUCGCGUGCUGUGCCUCAUCAACUUUGGCAAGGUCUCGCCCGACGACUGCGCCGUGCUCGCCAACGUCGCGCCGCAGCUCACGACGCUCAUCGUCCUCGCGAGCGACGGCGCAUUCGUCAACCAGUGGCCUUACAAGGUCGAGCUGUACCUCGCCGAGCUUAAGAAGCUCAAGGGCCUGCGCCGUCUCGCGUGGGACAAGGCCCCGGACGCCAAGGCCGCCUCUCGCGCGAAGAAGAACCGCCGCCGCACCACGCCGACCGACAACCAGGCCCUCUUCAAGACGCGAAGGGCCGUCGAGCUCAAGCUCAUCGGACGCGUCUUGGCCAAGGACGAGUCGCUCAUAUCGGUUUUCGUCACCGAGGGGCGAGUCAAGAACGGAUGGCUCGGGACCGAGGGCACGUUCAACCCUGCCUCGGGCGAGAAGGUCAUCAUCGAGAACCAGCGUCUGGAUCUCGACCAGAGCAUCUACAGCGCGUGGGAGGCGGGCAAGGCGGCAUGA